AUGGCUUCCCUCCAAAUCUCCAACUAUGAAUCCCAAAUUCCAGCUGAUGAGCUCCUUAUAGCCCGAAUCACCAAACUCCAUGCCUCCAUAUCCAAGCUUGAGUCUCUUAGGCCUUCAAAGCAAACUAAUAGCCUCUUCACUCACCUUGUCAAACUAUGCACUCUCCCUUCCGACAUUGACAUCGCAAACCUACCACAAGAGGUCCAACAAAUGCGCAAAAGUCUAAUCAAUUUGUGCGGCCGCGCAGAAGGCUUGCUCGAGCUUGAAUUCGCGACAUUCUUGUCUAAACUCCCCGAACCACUCGAUAAUCUCAAUCUUUUCCCCUACUACGGGAACUAUGUCAAGCUAGCCAAUUUAGAAUACAAAAUCCUAGCUGAAAAUGGAGUGGUGCAUCCCAAAAAGGUCGCGUUCAUCGGUUCCGGCCCAAUGCCUCUCACUACCUACAUAUUGGCAAUGCACCAUAUGAAGUUCACCCAAUUUGAUAACUUCGACAUCGAUGAGGCAGCAAACGAUGUGGCGCGACGAAUUGUUGCUACCAAUGGUGAGGUGGAGGAGAGGGUGAAGUUUGAAACAUGUGAUGUAAUUGAUGUCAAAGAGAAGUUAGGAGAGUAUGAUUGCAUAUUCUUGGCGGCAUUGGUUGGGAUGAGCACGGAAGAGAAAGUGAAGAUAAUUGGACAUAUAAACAAGUAUAUGAAGGAAGGAGGAUUUUUGCUUGUGCGGAGUGCUAAGGGAGCAAGAGCAUUCUUGUAUCCGGUCGUUGAAGAGAAUGACUUGAUUGGGUUUGAAGUCCUAUCCAUCUUUCACCCUAACAAUGAUGUUGUCAACUCUGUUGUUCUGGUGCGUAAGCCUUAUAGCUAUAUGGCCGCUUGA